GUCCUAUGAUAUUUACCGGCUCUGCCCAGGAGAUAUUGCAUGGCGAGUCUCAGCGUUGGAGAGUUGUCCGUAAGCCUCGAAGAUAGUGGCCUUUUCAGCGCCUAAGUGAGCAUCGCAAGCUGACGGUAUUCGCGCCAAAUUGAGUGAUUUGCGAGCAAGCUCUUCCGCAGGCCAGCGAUUCCAGCUGUACCCACGGCUGGCCUUAACUGCCGCGACCCGCCCCAUCAUUCACUACCAUGACCCAAAUAAGCAGCUAUUCCUGCAAAUCGAUGCCUCAGCUCAACGAGGAUUCGGCAUUAUGCUCUACCACCUAAAAGACGGAGAGACCUGGGACCCCUCACAGUGCACUGUGAUACCAGUAACCAAAGUGCUCCCAGUAAUGUUCCUCAGCAGAUUCCUCGUGCGAGCAGAGCUUCGAUAUGGACCUUCGGAACUGGAAGUUGCGGCCCUGGUCUGGAGUGCAAACAACGAGUUCGAUUCAACGCAAGCCAAGGACAUUGCGGACGUGAAGCAGUCAGAAGAAGCGGAUACGUCCGGCGCACCUGAAGAUCUCGCAGCAAGACCUUCUAUUGUGCCGCCCUCGAAAUCAGGGCCCGAGACAGUAACCAAGGCAACGGACAAACCUGGUAGGAUGGGAAAGCAGAGAAAGAAACGGCAGGGGUCUUCUCCACUCAUUGAGUUCAAGGACUUAAGGAAAGGCAUUUAUAUCGAACUAGCGUUCUGA